AUGAAUGCGGGUUCCUAUAUCUGCCUGGGCCCAUAUCCACAUACAUACCCUGCUCACCCAGAUGCUAUGCCCCUGCUGGUGCAGAUUUUUCUGCAUCUUCAUUCUUUUUCAGCUGAUGUAUAUUACAGAUACCGUAUGUCAAGAUGCAUCUACAGCUCCUCUAAUAUCAGUGACAUGGUGUAUUUUGACAACUACUAUUUCAAUAAAUAUCUAUUCAUACAGUUUGACAGCACUUUGGGUAGAUUUGUGGGGUUUAAUGAGUAUGGAAUGAAACUGGCAGAGUUCUGGAAUAAUGGCACCUUUGUGCAUGAAGAAAGAGAUAUUGUGGACUGGUUCUGCAAAGGUAAUGCUGAAAUCUUUGACUCCAGUAUCAGUGAUAAAUCAGAAAUGAGAAUAUCUCUUUGGUUUUGA